GGAAGCGAGACGAGGAGCACUCUGCUCCACCCUUGAGGGGCAAAAACGGAAAACUGACCAUUAUUUGGUUGGCGUCUUCAUCAGACUUUUCUAAGACAUUUACCACGCGGCUUUUCUAAUAAGCAAUAGCAUAUCUUCUUUAUGCCAGAUGGACAAAGACAGGCUUGCCGAAAGCCGUGGUCCCUGCUCUUGGUUGGAAAUGCACCAGUUCAUUGGAGAUCUCAUGGCCUCCUCAAACACAUCUGCCUCCAGUGCUUUACCAGCUGCUCAACAGGGGAAGGAGAGCAGCCAACACGAUGCACUCCGCUCCGCCUGGGAGACGGCAGGCCAUGAGACGUUUGGUCUGAAAGCAGCAGUCCCCUCCUCCCACGCUCAGCCAACUAGUAGACAUCCCCAUGAUAAUAAAGGUACACUACUGUGUGGUGGUGUGCAGCCCCUCUCCUUAGCGACAGAAAGGAGUGGACAGGCGGGGCAUGAAGAACAGUUCCAACACUUCGGAUGUAACUGCCCUGGUUGUCCGUUCUCCUCUUCCGCUUCCUCCACCUCCUCCUCCUCCUCCCUCCUCCUGAAGCCAAGAGAGCAGCCGUCCACCAGCACAGUCCAGCAGUUCCAGCCUAUCCCGCCCGGCCGCCCCCGCCUCUCCAAAGACCAGAGCUCCGCGUCGGCCAACCUCAGCCUGUGUCUGGGCCUGGGUGUCUGCCUGGAGGAAGGGGGCCACGGCGGUAGCUGCUGCUCAGGCACUAGUGCCACCCACCCCCACCAGCAGCACGGUCAACCCCAACCCCAACCCCGGCACCAAGAUAAGGGAACCAACACCCAGAGCAGAACCGCACCUAGCUCUUCCUCCUCCUCCUCCUCCUCCUCCUCCUCCACCAGCACCACCACCAGCGGCUGCUCCCACUCCCACCCCACACAGAUCACUGCCUUCCCCUGCCUGUGCUGCCACCGCGGCUUCCAGACCUGCGCCCAGCUCCUGCACCACCAGAAGGGGGGCCUGGACCCUCACCUGGCCCACGCCCACGCCCACGCUCACCACCACCACUUCCACCACCACCACUGCCCGCUCACCUCCUGCCUGCCCUGUCCGCAGCUGCACCCCCACCCCCAUUCCCACUCCCCUCUUGGCCCGUCCCAGUCCCCGCCGCCCUUCCCGUGCCUGUCGUGCCAGCGCACCUUCCCCACGUGCGCCCAGCUCCUGCGCCACCAGCAGGGCCACGCGCAGCUGGAAGGCCUGAAGCAGCACCCAUGCAUGCACUGCACCGAGUCCUUCGCCCGGCCCUCGCAGCUGCUGCAGCACCAGCGCGCCGAGCAUGCCUCCAAGGCCGGCGGCUUCCUGUGCGCCGAGUGCGGCCGCACCUUCAACUCGCACGGCAACCUGCGGCUGCACCUGAACGUGCACACGGGCGCCCGGCCCUACAGCUGCCAGGAGUGCGGCAAGAGCUUCAGCCAGUCGGGCGCGCUCAAGGUGCACCGGCGGCUGCACACGGGCGAGCGGCCGUACACCUGCGCCUACUGCGGCAAAGGGUUCCCGCACCUGGCCGGCGUCCGGGUGCACCAGCGCACGCACACCGGCGAGAAGCCGUACGUCUGCCCGCAGUGCGGCAAGCGCUUCACGCAGUCGGGCGCGCUCAAGAUCCACACGCGCAUCCACACGGGCGAGCGGCCCUUCGUCUGCAGCCUGUGCGGCAAGGGCUUCUCCAACCGCUCCGGCAUCCGCUUCCACCACCGCACCGUGCACGGCAUCGUGAUCGAGCCCGCUGCUGGAGAGUCCCGUCCUGGACGCGGUGGGGGCCAGCAGCCUUCCGCGUCCUCCUCCGGGGCCGUCCUGGAGCGCCACUGCCCCAGCCCCUCAGGCAGCCUGGGCUCCUCCGGCAGCCCCUUCGCUGAGCCCCACGACCUCAGCUCUAGCACCAGCCCAGCUUCCGCCAGCACCCACCACUCCUCCAGGCUGGCCCUCGACGCCAAGGCUGCUGCUGCUGCUGAGGGCAAACACGGCUCCUUUGGCGGCCCUCGUGCUGGAGGAAGCGUCGAUGUCAAGCCCCCUGGUGGCCGAGGAGGGAAAGUGCUGGCGUACGCCUGCGAGGACUGUGGGCUCCGGUUUGCAGACGCCCCGUCCAGGAACAGGCACCAGGCCCUGGAGCACUACGGUGGGGAUAAUGAGGUGGGCACUGGAGUAGAGAGCACCACUACUGGGGUAGAGUGAAGGCUCUAUGGGGCACCCAAGUCACACCCUCUACUUCCUGGUUCAUGGGGCAGAGGGAGUCAAAAUAUUGAAUGGAAGUGAACGAGGCGAGUCGUGGUGGAUUUGUGGUGCAUAAGUGGAGGUCCAAGGUUUGGAUUGGUGUCGAAAAACCAUGCAUUUCAAGCCCAGUAAUUAUUUUUUGACUCCCUCUGCCCCAUGAACCAGGAAGUAGAGGGCGUGACUUAGAUGCCCCAUAUUCACAAGUACACAAGUGUUUUCAGGCUGGCCGGAAUCGUUCUGGUGCCUGUUCCUGCACCAGUUGUAUUUGGAAUUGAAGUCCUUACAUGCAAACCACCCAUGUCAAUACCGUGUUGUGUUCUUCAUCAUGUGACUCGAUGUUAUCCGGAUGAUUCUGCUGAAGUCUUCGUUGUUAUCAUGGUUCGCAGAGAGAAAUCAAGUUCGGAAACCGUAAACAACUGUAAACACAAUCGGUGUGAAUAUGGCAGUCUGUUCGAGAUGAGGUGCGGGAACGGGCACUGGCACAGUUUUUUGUCAGCCUUAUUGCAGUUUUUGAUGUUCUUUAAAGCAACCCUAAGUAGUUUUCCUGUUUGGUCGACCCUACAGGUUGAAAUUGUUACUCAGACAAGUACAGCAAGAGGCCGGGUCUGCAGUCACCCAGGCUAAUCAAGUUGGGAGGUAUUGCCCAUGCAUAGCGUAGCAGAGCAAAUCUAGAAUUGCCUCACAUCUGUUUGAAUUGAAUAAUCCACUAGACUAAUUUUGAAAACAUACAGUGUUUCGUUCCCAAAACUACUUGCUGUUCCUUUGAAGUAGCGUGUGAUGCAGUGAUGUUGGUCCACAAUCUAAAUUAAUUGUUUCUGCUGGAAAGCAGUUGAAAUUAUGCACUUUAAAGGCAUCACCCUCAAGCCCUCUAAUGCGAUUUUCAUGAAGAAUUCUUCCAAAACUUUAUACUUAACACAUAAGUACAAUUAUCUCCAAGUUUAUAACCAAUCAGCAGUUUCUAAAUUAUGCACUUAGCUCAUUGACAAAAUGGAUAGUACUCUCAUUUAGUUUGAGUUAUAGAGCUCUGUAUAUGUAUACAUGUAGGUUAUACAUGCGGAAAAAAGAACACAAUCUACAGGCUGGUUCUGUAGUGUUGAAAAACGCCACAAUCAUUUUGGUGAUUUUUGAGCCCUUGUGCCUUUUCCUUUUCGUGUGACUAAAGGAGAAACCUGAAACGAUACUGCAAGUCUACAAAAUAGAAUUACUCCCUUUCCUGUCUUCAAGCAUGACUGAAUGGGUACUUUUAAGCAUUACAGUAUGUGCAAAAAAUUGCCUGACCUUUUGGGUUUUUAAAUGUGUGACAACGGUAGAAUAAUGUUUUUCAUUUCAUUGAAUUUAGUGCUGCGUUUGUACUAAGCUUAACAUAAUUGCAGUAUUUCUCUUCUGCCAUGUAUUCAACUUUCUACAGAGUAUUAACCUUUAGUCUGAUUCAACUCUUCAACUCUUGUGUAGUUUGUGUAAGUGAAGCUUCUCCAGUGAAGGUCAGUAUCUCAAUACACAUUUUUAACUGUUGUGUGUCUGUCUUUCCAACUGAUGUAGGCUACUUGGCCACAUCAUUUUCAGUAUUUUUGAACCGGUCAAUGCUAUUGCCAUUGUACACACAGUGUCUGUGAAGGUUGUCAUUCAGGCCACGUUACCCAAAGAGUCGAGUUGUAAACAAUUGGAGGACUUCUUGGAACUUCAAAAUAAUACUGAAUAUAUUUAAAUCUCCAAGAAGACAUCUAGUUACUUACAAGUAAACUCUAACGCCGUUGUGUGUUCAGUCAGAGCCCAUAGUUUAUUUUCGGUGUUAUUACAGUGCCAUCUUGUGGACAGUGGUAGUCAUAACUGCAAGUAUUAUUCAUCAAGUAGGCCUACUGAAAAGAUUCUGUGACCGUUAAAUAAUUCCAGUUUGCAGUGGUUAUUGCCCACCAAUAAAAUUACCAAAGCACUUUGUGUCUUGUUCAUGAAUAUAUUUCUUUCCUCACAGUCACUGUAGCACAAAGUCUUUCCCGUAUUAUCCGUCUUUUGUGUAGGGCUUCUCUCUUCAGCUCAUAUGCUCAUCAUCUUACUCAUCGUGCAUGCUUGACUGCAUCACUAUUCAAACCUGUGCAGCAUGAACGACCUUCAGACGGAUUUAGCUGUGGUCUAGAGACUAAAGACUUUUUAUUGACUCUGCUCUAAGGGCCCUUUUAAAUACAGGGCUUAGAAAAUGAAACUGAAACACCUGUCAUUUUAGUCUAGGGGGUUUCAUGGCUAAAUUUGACCAGCCUGGUGGCCAAACUU